GGAAAGAACCAAAAAAAAAAAAAAAGGGUUUCUUGAUACUCGAAACCAGAAGCGAGAGAAAAAAAAAAAACAGAAGCGAGAGAGAGACAGAGACAGAGAGAAACAAAGAGGAUCCUUUUUCGUUGUUGAAUUGCGACUGUGAAAGAAAAGAACCGUGUGUCGACGAAGUUUCUGUUGAAUCAGAAAUGGGUUCUUCAUCGUCCGGCAAAAAACGGAAAGGACAGAGAAAGAAAGAAGAAGAAGAAGAAGAAGAAGACAUUAACGUUAACUCUAUCCCGGAGAAUUCGAGAGAAAUCGUACAGGCUAUGAAGGAGAUCGUGAAUUGCUCCGAACAAGAGAUUUACGAUAUGCUUGUAGAAUGCAACAUGAACGCUGACGAAGCCAUGAAUCGUCUUCUUUCUCAAGAUAGUUUUCAGGAAGUGAAGAGUAAACGAAACAAGAAGAAAGAGGCCAAGGAAAAGUCAAGAAUGGGCGAGAGAGACGAAGGCAGUAACGUAAAUGCUGAUAGUGUUCCGGUGGAUUUCAAAGAGGUUGUACAGAAUGUGCAGGAAAUUGUCAAGUGCUCAGAAGAAGAGACUAAAAAAAUGCUUGUAGAAUGCAACAUGGAUGCUGACAAAGCCGUUAAUCGUCUUCUUUCUCAAGCUGUUGCUUCGAUAACUUUUUCAGAUAGUGUUCAGCAAGUUAAGAGCAACCAAGACGAGAAGAAAGAGAGCUUGGACACAUCGGAUUCUCAAAGAGUUGAUAGUAGCAACCAGAAUCGUGAAUUGAGGAAUGGCAGUGAUAAUUAUGUUGGUCAAGGUGGUGGAAACAAGUUUGACUCAGAUGAGACGAGUAAUGUGCAAGGAAUUCGUAAUCAGUUGGCUAGUUCAUCUACUACAGCCGGUAUUCUUGGUCCUGGUCCUCCAUUGAACAGAAAUGUAUUAAAUGUUGAAACUAAGAGAAUGCCAAAAAGCUCAGGUGAAGCAGUUCCUUCGUUAUCUGUGCCAUCUUCUAGGUUGAUACCUGCUUGGGGAUGUGGUACCUCUGGUCAGAAAACAAUGGCUGAUGUUUUGAAGAUGGGUUUAGCUUCAUCAAACGAGAGUGUAACUAAAGCUCCUGUCAAGGAUGAUUGUCCCUUACCUGAGAGGCCAAAUGAGUCUACUGCUAGAAGAGAUCAACUUCGAGAGUCUGCAUCGGUAUCCAACCAAAACUUGUGCGAUGAUGAUUUUGCUUGUCAAUUGGCUAACUCAGUUAUUGAGUCUGCUGCUGGAGAAGAUCAACUUGGAGAGUCUACUUCAGUAUCUAACCAAAAUUUUCGUGAUGACGACUAUGGAGGCUCACAGUUGUUGUGUGACAAUCACAGUAACAAAAAUGAUGUGACUGAAUUUGAGCACAAUCAAAACAAAGAUCCACCGGUGUCUGUUGUCACCAGUUUACUGCAACUCCCUACAGAGAAUGAUGAGCCGGAAGCACCGGUUAAAGAGUUACAGCAUUUGAGAUUUGGUAAUUAUGGUUCUGGGAUGAAUGGAUCUGUUGUUGUGAAGAUGGGCAUAGCUUCAGUAAAAGAGAGUGUAACUAAAGGUCCUCUCAAGGAUGAUUGUCACUUACCUGAGAGGACAGAUGAGUCUGCUGCUAGAAGGGAUGAGUCUGCUUUGGUAUCCAACCAAAACCUGCAUGACAAUUUUUCUUAUUUCUCUAACUCAAUUUUUGAGUUUGAUGCUAGAAGAAAUCAACUUCGAGAGUCUGCAUCGGUAUCCAAACAAAACUUGCGUGAUGACGGUGUUACUUAUCCAUUAUCUACCUCAUAUGAUGCUAAAACAGAACAAUUUCGCAAGUCUACUGCAGAAUUUAUCCACAACUUGCGUGUUGACGAUGUUGCUUGUCCGUUGUCUAACUCAUUUGUUGAGUCUGCUGCUAGAGGAGAUCAAUUUGGAGAGUCUACUUCUUCAAUAUUCAACCAAAGAUUUCGCGACGAUGACUUUGGAGGCUCACAGUUAUUGUGUGACAACUACAAUAACAAAAAUGAUGAGACUUACCUAGUGCAAAGACGUUCGUUUAUUGAGUCUGCAUCGCUAUUCAAACAAAACUUGCGGGAUGACAGUGUUACUUAUCCAUUAUCUACCUCAUAUGAUGCUGAAAGAGAACAAUUUCUCAAGUUUACUCCAGAAAUUAUCCAAAACUUGCGCGUUGACGAUCUUGCUUCUCAGUUGUCUACCUCAUUUAUUGAGUCUGCUGCUAUUUCAGCCAAAGAUCCACCAGCGUCUGUUGUCACCAGUUUACAGCAACUCUCUACAGAGAAUGAUGAGCCGGAAGCAUCUGUUAAAGAGUUAAAGCAUUUGAGAUUUGGUAGUUUUGGUUCUGGGAUGAAUGGAUCUUGCCAACCCAGCGGUCUCCCAUCACGGUUCUUGGAUGAUGAUGACUCAGAAGAUAUAUCCGAUUUUGCAGAUGAUUUGUCGUUAAGUUACCUGAACACAAGAGAUGGUGAGUUCCAUGAAGAUGAAGAACAACGACUACGGAUUAAUGCUGCUAAUGGUCAGACAGAACCUACUCAAGAAAAUCAAUACGAGUCUUCAUCUGCUAGAGAUUUCGUAUUUGAUACUAGGCAGCUAUUGAAUCCUGUGGUGGCUCCUUUAAGCCUUCAGAUGCAGAAUAUUAAUACCUUCCCUGCUAUGCGUCAACAAGCAUACACAAGGGAACCGGAUCCUCAGUACUCGGCUUCUCCUCACAAUCAGUCAAUGCCUACUACAUCUUCACUUUGUCCUAGGCUAUUGGGUUCAGUGACUGAGGCGCUACUAAACACUUCUAUCAGUGAACCACAGAUGAAUCAACAAGCCAUGAACAACCAUUACUCUCAGCCUAUUAUGGUUCCUUCAGGGAAUAAUGGUAAUAUGAUGAACUAUCCGUACUCUCAGACAACACAGAAUGGCACCUACAACAUGUCACCGUCAGCAUCUCACCAACAUGGUGGUCGUAACAACAGCAGUUACCAUCUUAGAUCUUUAACUGCACCGCUUCCUCACUACAGAAACAGUGUUCUUUCUCCAUCUGCUGUUCCUUUUGUUCCUUCCACUCACAGUUCCGCUUACGGUUCCACUAAUGGUUCGACUCAUGGUUUUGGCAUGUUGAGUGAUAACGCUCCAAACUUGAGGUUUGAGUAUGAAGAUGACUUCCACUCACAGUUUAGCAAUCACUUGGCAACACUUCAGCAUCAGAAUGGGACCCCUAGUAUGUGGACUCCUCAAGGACUCAACGACUCAGGAAGCACUUAUUACAGGUUAUACUCGGGUCCUCAGAAUCAGCAGUCACAGAGUUUGAGACAUAGCCAACAACAACAGCAGCAAGAACCAGAGCAGACUUAUAGAAGGAUUGGCUAAGAAAAUGUGGCUUUUGCUGUAACUAACCCAUUCUUUGUAGUAUUUGUCAAUGUUCCUUAGCCUUGAGAAUAGCUCGAAUAAUAAUAUUUUCUGAUUUUACUACAUUCGAUUUUAUUUGUUCGUUUAUAAUACGUUCAACUUCUCGUCA